AUGACUAUUUUCUCACAAUUGAUCGCCGCAGACGUGGAUAAGCCCAGUCUCUGGCAGCCCAGCCCCAAGCGUAAGUGUCCGCACUGCGAGUACUAUCCUUAUCGUCAAAAGAAAAAGGUAUGCGAGGUUUGUGAGUUCAAGAUGGGAGAAAAGGGCGUGAGAACCUAUUUUGAGAGUAACGAGAAGAACUGGGUUGUGUACCACCUCGUUCGACAAGGAGAGCUACCAGCCAGGUCUAUACUGGAAGAUCAUAUGCGCACGCGACUCAUUAAAGAGAAUCGCUGUCGAAGACUCUCAUGCGCUGUGGAAAGAGUAUCCGUCUACGCCCACUGCGAGCCAUGUCGAAAGAUGCUCACCAGAAGAGUUGCUGACAUGAAGGAUCCGAGGGCUGCUCCCGAGGCAACUGUCGCUCGCCUUAGAGCUCUUGGUUACUCCGAGACAGGGUUUGCCAUGAGGAUUGCCAAGAAUGAGACUUGGAUUCUUCCCGAGGACUGGACUUGGGAGAUUUCUCUGGGACAGUUUGUGCAUCCUGAUCGCAAGAUCUACAACGGGAACUUGGAUCCUGAGGAGAUGGUUUGA